UCAAAACAAGAAGAAGAACCCAUUCCAACGCUAUGUAGCUAGCUGGCUACCAAAACCUCCGUAUGUGUUUGCAAGUUCAUAUAUAUCUCAGGGUUUUAUGCAUUUAGUGUCGGAGUUGUUUUGACAAAAUGCAUAACGUCAGGAUUUCCAUUCCAUCGUUCCGUUCAGAGGAUAAUCCGAUUGAGAAAGGGUACACGGUCUUUAAAAUCGAGGUGUUAAUGAAUGGCAGACAGCAUACAGUGAAGAAGCGCUACAGUGAAUUUCAUAAUCUGCAUAAAAUGCUGAAGAGGAGUAUAAAGCCACCUGAGAUCCCCUCUAAGCAUGUACGGAACUGGAUUCCCAAAGUUCUGGAGCAGAGAAGACACGGUCUGGAACUCUACCUACAGACUAUAAUUAUGGAGAAUGAAGUUCUCCCAAAGAUAUUCCUGGAUUUCCUCAACAUCCGCCACUUUCCCUCGCUGCCAAAAACAGAAAGUUGUGGGUCAUUUGAAACUGAAUCUGAAGAGUCAAGUAAACUGACCCAUCAGCCGGCCAUGCUCUACCAUAGAGACCCCUACCUGCUCCCGUCCACCCACGAUACAUUUUGUAAUGUUGUCAUAGAAGGAGUGAUACAUGGAAUAUUCUACCCAGACCUUCAACCAAGGUAGAGUGACUGUAUGCCAGCUUGGAGGACUUACUACUAACUCAUGAAGAGAAAGAGAUGAUUAAGAAAUUAACAGCUAGUAAGAGUCUGAAUUUUGUAAACAUUCUAAUAGUUGUGUGUGGAUAUAACAUUUUGUAGUUUGUUUCUGUGUUAAUGAAUAUCUUGAUAAUAUUUUAGAGCAAAUGCCUCAAAGAAAUGCAUUUUCUGAAUAAUUGUUAUUCAAAGAAUAACACUAUCAUGAUGUUAUGACAACAUUUAAGGUAAUGCAUAUGCAUAUAGGCUCGGCCUCAUGGACCCACAGGCUGUAUCCAUCUACUAAUGGUCUUUCACUCAAAUUAAGGUGAGACCUUGAGCAGUUUUACACUGUGAUAUGUUGGUGAAAUAACAUUACUAGGUCAAACACUUAACUCUAAUAUAUUAGCUAUGGAUUAAUGAAGGGCAACUGAUCAAACACAUCAAACGGGUGAUAAAAAGCUGAAAUAUAAAAAGGGAAGCUGAACUUGUACUGUCAGUGUAAUAAGCUGUCUUAUGUUCGUCUGCCUUACCUCAACUUUGAGUGUGUCCCUUUAUUUUAAGAAGAUCAAUGUGGUACAUUGCUGGUCUUUUUGAACUUGGGACUGCUGCUGUAAACCUACCGGGACUGCUGCUGUAAACCUACAAAAAGGCCAUUUACAUGCCAGUCAUUUUUGAUCAAAUUUAAAGUGACUGAAGCACUACAGAUCUUAGCGAUGCAGUAAUGUUCCGCAUAUGGUCAUGCUGUGUGUGUAAUUGAUAAGCCUCAUACACAGUUGAUACUUUUUCGAAGUAAGUUGAGCUUAGUUGGUCUAACAUUACUUUGUCAUUCAUUAGACAAUUAUGGGUGGCUAAUAAUAUAGAUACUCUAAAAGACAUGAGGAUGGUCUGGACAUUCUGUUGACUAGAAUUCUCUGUCAUCCUUGAUAUUUCUAUCCAAUGUGGUCUCUGUAAUGUGGGGUGGACAUUAGCACACUUAAAGCUAGAAUCCUUUAAUAAAACAACAGUGGUCAUCCUGCAUCCAUUUCGAUAGAAAGCUGAGGGAUGGGGCUGGAGAAAUGUAGCCUCUCUCAAAUUCAUAGACAGAGCUAUGGAUGCAAGGACUGACC